AUGGAAGCGCCAAAAACAAGGAAAGAUACGCUCUCGCUGAAUCUUGUUAAACUUCUAUUGGAACAACUCCAAUCCAAAGAAGACCUCGAUACUAUUGCUCGCCAACUUGUGGCUCUAGUAUCACCAUUACAAGGACAGUCAAGGGUUGAACUCUGCACACAGAUUUCUCGUCUUAUUUUCGAACGUUAUUCAUAUAAUCCGGGAAAAGAUUCUGCUGAGCUUUAUACAGUACUCUGCCAUUCUCUCUUGGCUUCCAAAAGACACGCACCCGUAGCUGGCACCUCCAAUCAAAUAGUUGUAGUUCACAAUAAACUAUUCAAUCUCUGCAUUAACUCAAUAGCCCCUGUAUCCCUGCCGGAAAUUAUCGUCCCAGGAAAACCAACACUUCUAGCAAGUGAUGGCGGACUCGACUUGGCUGCCGGUUGUACUAAAGUCACCAAGUUGAGCAUUGAGUCCAUCUCUCAUCUUGUUUCCAAGCUCUUUGAGUAUGGAUUGAUAUCAGUAGCUCAAGUGUAUCAAUGCACGUGCGAAAUAACAAAACUCUCACCAACCCAAUACGCAAAGGAUGGGUUGCUAGGACUAUGCACCUUACUAGAGACAGACGGUUAUGGCCUAAAUACCCCAAUAUGGGCCGCCGAGAUCGAGCAACUACUUGAAUGGGGCAAGAAAAUAACUGCGGAACUCAAUGCCGAUGACCAUGUCGUACAGAGAAUGGAGGGAAUUACUGCCAACCUGAAGGGGUCAUCCUAUUCCAAACUAGUGGUGAAUACUCAGUACAGGGAGCUAUCCAUAUCACCUUCUGGUUCUUGCCUUGAUGAAAGCGACUUGGCCGAAAACAACUAUGGCAGCCACCCACUUGAAACCCUAGUUGAACUAUCGCUAUCACCACAUUCUCCAUCUACCCAAGCACAACAAUCAAAGUACCAGGUACUGGAAUUGCUCCAGAAAUUGAAAGCGAGGGACUUUGAUAGGGUUUCAGAGAAAAUUAUCGAACACGUGAAUAACGCUGAGCACGAGAAUGAUGGGGAAACACUAAGGCAGGUUAUCGAGGUCAUCUUCGAAAAGGCCAAGGACGAGGCUGCAUUUAGCGAGAUGUAUGCUCGUCUGUGCCGCAAGAUGAUGGAGCGCAUUUCUCUUAACGUUCGGGACGAGAAGAUUCGCAGCUCGGAUGGCCAACCAAUCGCUGGUGGGAUGCUACUCCGCAGGUACUUGCUUAACCGAUGCCAAGAAGACUUCGAGCGCGGAUGGAGCGCCAAGGAGGCCGCUCUUGCCUCGAAAGCAGGGGAAGACAAGGCUGCUUCGGCCGCGUCCGCCGAAAAUAGCGGAGCGGCCUCGUAUUCUGACCAGUAUUAUGCUGCCAUCAAGGUCAAGCGUCAAGGUCUCGGUUUGGUCCGAUUCAUCGGUGAACUGUUCAAGUUGCAAAUGUUGACGGAACGUAUCAUGCAUGAAUGUAUCAAGAAGUUGCUUUCGAACGUGGUCAACCCCGAAGAAGAGGAAAUCGAGAGCUUGUGUAAACUCUUGACGACCGUUGGGCAGAGCCUGGAUAACCCCAAGGCGAGGAAUCAUAUGGAUAUCUACUUCGAGCGUAUGCAGGAGAUGGCCAAGGGCAGCAGUAUCAACUCUCGUAUGCAGUCUGUGCUGCAGGAUGUUAUCGAACUCCGCGCACGACAAUGGCAACCCGGUCCCACCCCCACCUUCCUUCGCCAGAAUAGUAACUAUUCCGAUAGUGGUCGACCCGACGGAACCCAACUAAGCACAUACCGCGGUGCUAGUACCACCGAGCCUGAUGGCCGACCACCCAUGCGUGCAGGCGAUCUCUCUGCAUUUGCCAAAAUUUCCAGGCCAAGCGGUAUCCUGUUCGGCCCUUCAAGGGUGUUUGGCAAGAAGGAUGAAAACAAGCGCGAUUAG